CUUGAUUCUUGAAUGCUCUUUUGAGUCCUCAAAGUUUCAUUCAUGGCUUCAAUCCUCGAUGCCAACACGGCUCUACAACAUCCAGCUACUGAGGAGACUCACGAUGAACAUUUCUCUGAGUUAGAUAAUGAGCAAGUCUCUGAGGGUGAUAGCGACUGUGACGUAUCCGAUGGUCUGACAGAUGGAUACCAAAAUGCAGAGUCAGAUUCGGAGGAGUCGGUCGAAGGCAACAAGGAGGACUCUUUGCGUUUCGAGGCAAUACAAAAAAUCGAACGACUAGCGUUGUCGUUUCUUGAACAACUUGCUGGUUCACUACCAAACCAACGAGCUGAUAUAACGUCUAUCGGAAUUUUUCAGGCACCUAUUAAUUCAAGAUCAAAAUACCCCAAAAUCGAGCUUCAGUUAGCCGACCGUCAUAAAACAUCCGAAUGUAUCAGAGUUAUACGAUACCCCCUUAAACGAAAAGGAGCGAGUAUAAAGCCAUUCGCGCAGAUUUUACGUGUCAUGGACUUCGCUCACCAAGCCCUAGUUGACAAUGUACCAUUAACAAAGCGGUAUCCGUCUUAAUGAAGCUUGAGAAGGAACUAAGAAGAAGCUAACUGUGUUCCUAGUGACAUGUACUACAAGGAUGUCCCCCUCUUCAAAGCUCAGGGAACUGUUGAUCGAGUGCGUUAUUUGGGCACGGAGUGUCACCGUUUAUAUUCACUGACGCCAGCUCGUCGAUGAUCUUGCCGUGACAUUGGACCUAGAACGGGCCGACCUCAAA